GCUGUGGCGGGCACAGCAGAAAUGCCUCCCGCCGUCCUCAUGCUCGGCACCGGCGAGUACACCACGGGCUUCACCGGCUCGGGCGCCUCCGACUCGGACAAGUCGACUGGCGUCGUCGCGCUCGUGAUGCUCGACUUGCGGCGGCGCGGCAAGGUUGGCAGGCUCGGGAUGUGCGGCACAGAUGGCCGGAAGCUGCCCGCGAUCCGCGCGCACAUGAAGGCGGCGCUGGGCGACGUUUACAGCGGCAUCGACCCCUCCUGCAUCGAGACGUGGCCGCCCGACGGCGUCGUCGACCGAGAGGCGUACGUGGCUGCGGCCGAUGCUUUUGGUCCCGGCGACGUGGCGGUCAUCUUCACGCCGGACGACACGCACGGCCCGAUCGCGCGGGCCUGCCUGGCGCGCGGCAUGCACGUCCUCCUCACCAAGCCGCCCGUCAAGACGCUCGAGGAGCACCGUAGCCUCGCGGCCGCGGCGGCGGACGCCGGGCGGCUUUGCGCCGUCGAGGUGCACAAGCGGUACGACCCGAUCUACAGGGACGCGCGGGACCGCGUGCCGUCGCUCGGCGCCUUCUCCUACUUCACGGCGCACAUGUCGCAGCCCAAGCACCAGCUCGACACCUUCAAGGCGUGGGCGGGCAAGUCGAGCGACAUCUCGUACUACCUCAACUCGCACCACGUCGACUUCCACGAGUGGUGCCUGCGAGGGAGGGCGAGGCCGGAGGCGGUGACGGCGCUCGCCUCGGACGGGGUCGCGAGCGAGCGGGUCGGCCGCCCGUGUGAGGACACCAUCACCCUCGCCGUCCGGUGGCGCAACAAGCUCGAGCCUCCGGCGCUGCAGGAGGAGAACCAGGGGCGGGAGGGGCGGCAGGAGGGUGCGGCGGCGCGCUCCUUCACAGGAAGCGCGGGGCACGCGGUGUACACCUCGUCGUGGAUCGCCGCCCGGGCGGACGUGCACUCGCAGCAGCGCUGGUUCUACAUGGGGCACGGCGGAGAGAUGUCGGUCGACCAGGCGCACCGCGGCUACACGGUCGCGCAGGACGGCAAGGGCUUCGCCUCGGUGAACCCGCUCUUUUGGAAGCCGGCUCGCGACGCCCUCACGCGCGAGUUUACCGGCCAGCGCUGCUACGGCUACCUCUCCUUCGAGGCCUUCGUCGACGCCGCCGCCGCGUGCAACGCCGGCCGCGCGGUGCCGGAGGACUACGACGGCGUGUUGCCGACUGUUGCGACGACGGCGGGCGCGACGGCGAUACUCGAGGCGGGGCGGCGCUCGCUCGACGCCAGCGGGCGGACGAUGGAGCUCGUCUACGCGGACGCCGCCGCCGAGACGCCGGUCGGCAUCCGGGCCCUCGACUUCUCGUGAGGGCACAGGGAGCCCGCACGCUUCGCGGGGCGGAGAGAGGAGCAGCUGAGCAGGCGAGACACAGCCGGCCACGUGAUGUACUGAUGUUGCGCCCGCGGUGUCGCGGUGUACGUAGCGCUUCCGAGGGAACUGGGAAGAACGAAGAAGCUAGAUUGCCG